AUGAUUGUAUCUCGUUCUACAAAAAUUGAAGUUUUUUACUUUUGCCACAAAACAAAGUUGAAAGACUUAUUUUUCUUUCAUUCAAUUACUCACCUUUAUCCUUCUCAAACAUACAGCAUACUACAGAAACAUUUGUUAACACCUUUUAAAACAGUAAGAAAAUUUAUUUUGACCAUAAGACAAUGUGUAUUUGAACAAAAAAACCUUUGCCAAAUGCAUAACGACGCGACUCUCAAAAAUAAAGUAUCGACAUAUUUUGACCGUUUAGCCACAGAUUUUUCAAAAAAUAUACUUUCAAAUUCUGAAGAUUUAUGUAAUCAAAACUAUUUUGAGAGUAUUAAUGAAAAGUUACAACCUCUCCAUGAUAUUUCGGGAGUACUCAAAGAAACUUUAGAGGCGCCGUUAUUAAGAACCUUUUUCGUUGAUACAUUUUCAGUUUUCUCAGAGUAUUUAAUUAAGAACCAACCUUUGAACAAGAAAGCUGCACUUCAAGUCAUAGUCUUUUUAGCUAACUUCUUGACACGAGAAACACUGAUAUAUUAUGGAGAUUUUUUUGAUAUUAUCUGUGGUAUUUUUGAGAGGUGUACCAUUGAAGAAAGUGUUCAACUAUGCGAGUGUAUAUGCGACCAACAUAAAUAUAUCAAAGAGAUAUUAGACCAAGAGCCCUCUGCAACUCUACGUAUCGCACGGGCACGGCUUGUUGCUCUUGUCAAUGCGUUCGAAAAGAAAAUUUACGGAACUAUUGAUAACUUUAGUGGAAUUCUAUCAAGGUUGAAGACAGUUUGUUUUAAGUUAAUUCCAAUGAAUUUUCAAGGAUUGUGUAACAAGGGCAUUCGGGAUGCUUACGGACGUCAUUUUAAUUUAAAAGAAAGAAAUUUUAUCAAUGACUUAGGGCAACGUUUUCGGAAGUUUGAUUGUUCAGAAAUUGUUAAAGGACAUGAAGAAGUUGCGGACACAUCUAUGUCUGAUACAUCAGCAGAAGUAGAGAAAGGAAGCCAUCAGAAGAAACGACGACGUCUGUCUUCUGUUCGUUCUGAUUCUCUUGAUGUUGACGCACUAUUUCGUUCCGUUCAUGGAAACUGGGAGUCUAUAUUAAAUUUUUUUCAGGAUCCUGCUUUAUUAUUGGGACUGUCUAAUUUAUCUGAGGGGAAGGAAUACUUUAACUUAUUAAAAAAAUUAUUAAUACUACUUUCUCAUCAUAAUUCUAUUCCAUCUAUUUCAGAAGUUAUUCCAAGAGCAGAAGGCCCGUUGCCUUUCAUAAAACAUCAACAUUUAUGUGACAGAGUUGUUUUAUGUUGCGGCCAAGCUUAUUUAGACAAAGCUCAUACACCUAUGGAUUACACAACGAAUGGCGUUUACGGCUUGAACUAUUUUGAUAAUUUGUCACUAGAUGCAUUCAAAGAAGCCUGGACUUCAUCAGCAUUCAAACGGAGUAUUUUGAUGGCCUUAAUUUCAACUGUUCGCGUUUUCUAUAUUAACCGACAUUAUGUAAAUCAAAAAAUCAAGUUGACCACAGCACAGGCAACCCCUUCAGAAGGUCUGACUGCACUGUGCACAAUACUCUCCCCAUCACUAGUAUCGAGCCUUUCAGAAUUACAUAAAAACCUGUGUAGUUUACUCCAUCGCUGUAGCAGCUGUUUCAACGGCGUUCCAUCAGUGUCAAUACACUCGUUACCUUGGUUUUCUGCACCUCGUAAUUGGUAUCCUCCUUUAAUACUUUCCGAUUUUGUAAAUGAACUAAAUGAUCAAGAAACUCUUAUGACACAUUGGAAGAAAACAGGAUGUACGGAAUCCAAACUAAAUGUGGUAGAUAAAUCUUCUACUUUAGAUACGGAAACAUGGAAAAAUGACCUUGAAACAGUACCAAAAGAUUUACUUAAUCAUCCGAUUGCAUUGAGUUCAAGGUUGAGAGUUGGUACAAUUCCAAAUCAGUCAACUCGCUUUAAAUAUAAACAACGCCCGAAUUCUUACAUAACCGAAUUUCUUCCAGUGUUAAGCUUUCUAGACACCGCAUUAGAUGAAAGUGUAGUACAAGAAACAUCUACUCAAAUCAAAGUAAUUGGCCACGACAAUCUUCCUCCUCCCGCAUUCUAUCGAGAACGUGAAGAAUGGUGCUUACCUGAAUCAACGCUUUCCAAAACAACACUUCUACGGAAAACGAUUCCAGAAAAGCUUGUUGAAAAAUGGAAUGAUUACAAGGAAAAAGUAAUGUCGGACGAAGAUGCUAUUAAUCAAAUUGAGCCGGCGGACAAGGUUGUAAAUGAUUCUGUAUUCCAAUGGAGAUGUGACCGGCUUUUAAAUUUCACUAACCUGCAAUUAUAUGAUUAUAGCAACCAAAAUCGUGAACUACGUUCAAAAAUUCGAGAAGCGAGUUUAGAAGAUAUCAUUCGAGCUGCAAUGCAACUUGAAACCAAAACAGGACACGCUGUUGCUACUAAAAUUUUUUAAUUUUCCAAUGUUUGUUAUUUAACUUCAAAUGUAUUCUCUGCGAAAUCAGAAAAGUCACAACACAAAGCCUAAUAAUGUCCUGUUUAGUGCACUACUGUUAGUAUUAAUGGUGGAUCAACAAAUACUAAAUAUUAUGAUACACCCUGUUUUCGUAAUAAUAAAUUGUGAACAUUUUUUUUUAUUUUUUGAAAAACAUACAUGAAUUUCUGUUUUUACCCUAAUAAUGUAUUUAACAAAGUGUUACAAUACCGACGCUCUUA